CUUUCUUUCUGGUUGCAAAUAUCUAUAGCUUCACCUCAGCAGAUGGCUGAAGGAAUGGACUAUGGGGAGGUAGUAUAUGUUACCUGGAAGAUGGGCUCCCCAGAAAAGGAAUACCAACAGAGAAAGGGCACAGACUUCUCUUGUCUUGGUUGGAUGCACAAAUCUGUGUGCAGUGCUUUUUGCCCGUUGCCUAGACGAUCACUUGGUUUCUCUGAGGAUGUCUGGUUCUCGUAAAGAGUUUGAUGUGAAGCAGAUUUUGAAAAUCAGAUGGAGGUGGUUUAGCCAUCAAGCAUCAUCUAAUUCUACAGUUGACAGCCAGCAGGGAGAAUUUUGGAAUCGAGGACAGACUGGAGCAAACGGUGGGAGAAAGUUUUUAGAUCCAUGUAGCCUACAAUUGCCUUUGGCUUCAAUUGGUUACCGAAGGUCCAGCCAACUGGAUUUUCAGAAUUCACCUUCUUGGCCAAUGGCAUCCACCUCUGAAGUCCCUGCAUUUGAGUUUACAGCAGAAGAUUGUGGCGGUGCACACUGGCUGGAUAGACCAGAAGUGGAUGAUGGCACUAGUGAAGAAGAAAAUGAAUCUGAUUCCAGUUCAUGCAGAACGUGGAAUUCUGAACUGUGGUGUUGGAAUAAUAAUAAAUAUAGACCAGUCAUCUAUAAUCAUUUGUAUACUGGAGAGAAGGGCAUAUCUUUACAUAGGACUUCCAAUAGUAGCCAGACAUUAUCAUCCUGCCAUACUAUGGAGCCAUGUUCAUCAGAUGAAUUUUUCCAAGCCCUUAAUCAUGCGGAGCAAACAUUUAAAAAGAUGGAAAACUAUCUGAGACAUAAACAGUUAUGUGAUGUAAUUCUAGUUGCUGGUGAUCGCAGAAUUCCAGCUCACAGACUGGUGCUCUCCUCUGUCUCUGAUUAUUUUGCUGCCAUGUUUACUAAUGAUGUCAGAGAAGCAAGGCAAGAAGAAAUAAAAAUGGAAGGUGUUGAACCGAAUUCACUAUGGUCCUUGAUUCAGUAUGCAUAUACAGGCCGCCUUGAAUUAAAAGAAGAUAAUAUUGAGUGCCUGCUAUCUACAGCUUGCCUUCUUCAGCUUUCACAGGUUGUGGAAGCUUGCUGUAAGUUUUUAAUGAAACAGCUUCACCCGUCCAACUGUCUUGGAAUCCGUUCUUUUGCUGAUGCCCAAGGUUGUACAGAUUUGCAUAAAGUGGCUCACAAUUAUACUAUGGAACAUUUCAUGGAAGUAAUUCGAAACCAGGAAUUUGUACUAUUACCAGCCAGUGAAAUUGCAAAGCUCUUGGCCAGCGAUGACAUGAACAUUCCUAAUGAGGAGACGAUACUGAAUGCACUUCUUACUUGGGUCCGUCAUGAUUUGGAACAGAGACGGAAAGAUCUCAGUAAACUUUUGGCUUAUAUUAGGCUACCUCUUCUUGCCCCACAGUUCCUGGCAGAUAUGGAAAAUAAUGCUCUUUUCCGGGAUGAUAUAGAAUGUCAGAAACUUAUUAUGGAAGCGAUGAAGUACCAUUUAUUACCAGAAAGACGACCCAUGUUACAGAGCCCUCGGACAAAACCUAGAAAGUCCACGGUUGGAACACUAUUUGCAGUUGGAGGAAUGGAUUCAACAAAAGGAGCAACGAGCAUUGAAAAGUAUGAUCUUCGUACAAAUAUGUGGACUCCUGUAGCAAAUAUGAAUGGGAGGAGACUACAGUUUGGUGUUGCCGUGUUAGAUGACAAACUGUAUGUGGUCGGAGGAAGAGAUGGACUGAAGACCCUGAACACUGUAGAGUGCUACAACCCCAAAACCAAAACCUGGAGUGUGAUGCCUCCUAUGUCCACCCACAGGCACGGCCUUGGUGUGGCUGUCCUGGAAGGCCCCAUGUACGCCGUGGGAGGACACGAUGGCUGGAGCUAUCUGAAUACAGUGGAAAGAUGGGACCCUCAGGCUCGUCAGUGGAAUUUUGUUGCUACUAUGUCUACCCCCAGAAGCACAGUAGGUGUGGCUGUACUAAGUGGAAAACUGUAUGCAGUUGGCGGUCGUGAUGGAAGCUCUUGCCUCAAAUCAGUAGAAUGUUUUGAUCCUCAUACUAAUAAAUGGACACUCUGUGCACAAAUGUCCAAAAGGAGAGGGGGAGUCGGAGUAACGACCUGGAAUGGAUUGCUGUAUGCUAUUGGAGGACACGAUGCUCCUGCCUCCAACUUGACUUCCAGACUCUCAGACUGUGUGGAAAGAUAUGAUCCCAAAACAGACAUGUGGACUGCGGUGGCAUCUAUGAGCAUCAGCAGAGAUGCAGUAGGGGUCUGUUUACUUGGUGAUAAACUAUAUGCUGUUGGAGGGUAUGAUGGACAGACUUACCUGAAUACAGUGGAGGCGUAUGAUCCCCAGACAAAUGAGUGGACUCAGGUUGCUCCGCUGUGUCUAGGAAGAGCUGGGGCUUGUGUUGUGACUGUCAAAUUAUAAUGCGGUGCUUUGUUUUCUGAAUGAAGAUACCAUCUUCCUUAUGAAUUUAGGAAAAUUAUUCUACUACCACUGGAAAUAUUUUUUAGCAAAUUUGCAAUGCCACAGUCCUGGGCACAAAGUGCCCAAUCUCAACGUGAAGAUGAUCAAACGAGGGAGGAAGGGGCGGAUGAACCAGGAUGAAAUCCUACAUUUUGUAGUAAGUCAUUUCUUAGCAAAUCAAAACGACGGCUUGUCGACGGUGAACGUACGUUCCUAGCAUAACGUAUGCAGACAAAGCACUCCUCCUAAACACAGUGCCACCGGGAAUUUCAUAUAUUCAUAACCACACUUCACUCCCAUUAUCCACAUUUCCUUUAUGACAGUGCACAUAUACCAGAUAACACUUGUCACAUUUGCUUUGUAACUUUAUCCUACAUUAGUUCCACUAAUUUAAUUAACCACAACUGCUAUUUUAAUGACAUACUAAAGACUAUGCUAAUACUUAGUUUUUUUUCAGAAAUAGCUGCAUUAUGUAAACUUUGAUUAAGGAUUUUAUUUCUAAAUCAGCUUAGUCUAAUGAAUAAAGAAAAACAGAGCAUUAAGACAACAAUGACUGAACAAAAAUGAUCUUUGGGUUCUUUUAAAAUAUUCAGCCUAUUAUAUUUAGAUUCACUAAAAACCACAUAUUGUGAUAUUCUCAAAUGGGAAUAAUUGAAACAUGGUGUUUUGCAUUAAAUUUAAGAUAUGCAAAUUUAUGUAGAGAAAAUAAAUGUUCUAUACACUAUAAUGUUCUUUUACCUAAGUAGUAUUUAAUUAUAUGGAUUUGUCUUUUAUGUUACAAAAGAUAUUUUGAUUUUGUCUUUCGAUAUGGACAGAAACUGUCUGGAUAUUCUUAUGUUCUCAAGUCUCUAGUUACCCCCUUGCUUUGUUUCUCACUUUUUGCCACAAUUAGUAACCCUUUGUGCUUCUUUGUAAUCAAACAGUUUGAGGGGAAUGGGCUUAUUGAAUGUUGAAAAAUAAGUUUAAAGUGUUUAUUACCCAAAGUUUUGUACAUUUGUAAACUCCAGUUACACAUGUGAAUGUUAAUACUCUCAAUGAAUUGUUUAUUGUUUGCAAAAAUGCACUGGGCAGUAACAUUUUAUGAUAAAUCCUUUAAGAUAUGCAAGUCAUUAACUUAUGUCAUAUAAAAAUGAGUAUAAACUAAAUUUCCAUCUUUUAAAAUAACAAUGCUGUGGUUAAUGUGCUUUUACAUUUUGUAUCGAGGUAGACUUCGUUUCAGUUGUCUUCUUUAAAAAGCAAACCAAACUCCUUUUUUUUUUGAGCCAAUUUUAAAUGCUCUUGAAAUGUUGAAAACCAAGAAACAGAAUACCUCCCCUCCCAAAGCAAAUCUUGUGGUCGCUUUAUUAGUCCAUGGCCACAAAGAAUAUAAUCAUGAUAGUAAAAAAAUUCAUUAAUGUUUUAUAUAAUAAUUACAUUAUACAUAUGAAUUCAAUUUCAUGACAAGGAGGGAUCAGCGUUAGAGUAUAUUUAUGUAUUUAAAGGAAGAGAAAGGAAAAGGUAUAAGAAACAAAACAAAAAACCAAUAGCAGAAAGGUGUUAGUUACAUGGUUACCUUCCUAGGGAAGCCGAGGCCUGUGAUUUCAAAGGAGGUACUUCUGCUUGUGAUUAUCUCUUGGAAUACUCGCCAUCCACUCUCUGAUUUCCAUUGGCCCGCAGUGGAGGCCAGACUCAUGUAAAAGUAAAGGAACUGAUUCUCUUCCCUGGGGACUUGCCUUUGCCUUUGAUUUUUCCUCCCUGAGAGAGGGCCUCUCUAAUGCAGUUUGUAUAGUUGACCCUUGAACAACACAGAGGUCCGGGGUGCCAACUCCCCACACAGUAAAAAGUCUUCGUAUAACUUUUGACUCCCCCACAACUUAACUACUGAUAGCCUACUGUUGACCAGAAGCCUUACCGAUAACAUAAACGGUUGACUAACAAGUAUUUUGUAUAUUGUAUGUAUUAUAUACUGUAUUCUUACAAUAAAGUAAGCCACAGAAAAGAAAAUGUUAUUUAAAAACUCACAAGAGAAAAUCCAUGCACAGGACUGUACUGUAUUUAUUUUUUAAAAAAAUCCUUAUAUAAGCGGAACCAGACUGUUCAAACCUGUAUUGUUCAAGGGUCAACUGUACUCAACAGGACCUGCUUUCCUGAACACUAAUAAAGAGAACCGAUUUUCUAGGGACA